GUCUCGAAGUUGGGGGUGGCGAGAGGGAGGCGAAAGAACAAGCUGUCAAGAGAAGGUGACACGGUGUUUAAGGGACAAACAACCUAUAGGGAAAAGGCUAUUCGAUUAAUCACGGUGGCCGACGUUGGAAAUGGAUGGAAUUUAUGGAUGGGAACAGCCCCCUUUGAACCAAGGUAAUCCCUUCAUUGAGAUCAUUGAACAGCCCAAGCAGAGGGGCAUGAGGUUCAGGUACAAGUGUGAGGGGCGCUCUGCGGGAAGCACCCCGGGAGAGAAGAGCAAUGACACCACCAAGACACACCCCGCCAUUAAGGUGCACAACUACAAUGGCCCCCUGCGUGUCCGCGUCUCCUUGGUGACCAAGAACCCACCUCACAAGCCCCACCCCCACGAACUGGUGGGGAAAGACUGCAAACAUGGUUACUAUGAGGCAGACCUGCAGGAGAGACGAGUGCACAGUUUUCAGAACCUGGGCAUUCAGUGUGUGAAGAAAAAGGAUGUGGCCGAGGCAGUUUCCUGUAGGCUGCAGACCCAAAACAACCCCUUCAACAUUCCAGAGGCGAACAUGUGGGAGGAGUUUGACCUAAAUGCAGUGAGGCUGUGUUUCCAGGCCUCGAUCACUCUGCCUACCGGGGAACUCUGCCCUCUGGAGCCCGUGGUGUCCCAGCCCAUCUACGACAACAGAGCACCCAACACAGCAGAACUGAAGAUCUGUCGAGUGAACAGAAACUCUGGAAGCUGCAUAGGGGGGGAUGAGAUCUUCUUACUUUGUGACAAAGUGCAAAAAGAGGACAUCGAGGUGCGGUUCUUCCAGGGCUCGUGGGAGGGGAAGGGCACCUUCUCCCAGGCGGACGUACACAGGCAGGUGGCCAUUGUGUUCUGCACCCCGCCCUACUGCGACACCAACCUGACCGAGCCAAUCCGAGUGAAGAUGCAGCUCCGCAGGCCCUCGGAUCGUGAGGUCAGCGAGCCAAUGGACUUCCAGUUCCUGCCCUCCGACCCAGAUGAAUAUAGACUGAUGGAGAAGAGAAAACGGACAGAGGGAAUGUUACAGAAUCUGAAGCUGGGGUCCCUGAUGUCGGGGACCAUGCCAGCAGAGACGAGGCCGUUCAACAUUGCCAGGAGAACAGUCACCGCCAAGCCAGCAGCUAGCCAGCCUGUGAUGAACCCAGUGGCGCCCCCUAGUGCCUUCUCUGUGAAGCCCCAGCCCUACUACAACGGCCCCCAGCCAGGCAAGUUGUUUCAAACCCAGCCCAAAGCAGAAGCCUCCUCCACCGCAGCCGAGACCUGGAAGUUCCUCAACAGCCUGACUCUGGACUCCCAGCCCAAAGCCACCCCCGUGGCCAGCUUCACCACCAACCCCCAGGCCUCUGCAGCCACAGCCGCCUCCUCCCAGGCCUUUCCCACUGUAAACCUGUUGGACUUCAACGGAUUCGCUUUCCACAACUUUGCUUGUCCCCAGGAGCCGGUGAGUGCAGCCCCUACACCAGAGCCCACCUCUACCUUCGGGGUCCAAGGCUCCCAGUUCAAGGUGGAUGAGGAGCUACCCGAAUUCCCCAGCUUUUCUGAGGCACAAGCGCCAGGGACUCUAGAUAGUAUAAACAUUGAAGAAUUCCAGGCUAUGCUGGGCCAGAGUUGUCUGGCUGGAGAAGGGCCAAAGAGCAGUGAGGCGUCAGCCCCUCAGGCACCCUGCCACUUACCCUCCACCAACACUGUGGCCAACAACGCGGCCCAGAACCAAGCAGACCCAGCCAACCACCACACCGGCUGUGGCGGCAGCACCUGGAUGAACUACCCCAACAGCAUUGUCAGCCUGCUCCAGAACGAGGGCAUGAUGGACAGUUCCCCCGGCAACGCCAGCCAGCCGGCCGCCCUUGACGACCUGGACGUCUUAAGCUCCAUGGACGAAGACCGUCUCAUGUCCAUCCUGAACAGUGGCAACCAAUACAGUUUUGUGCCCGGACAUCAGACCUAAGAGACAACCGUGUGAUUUGACUGACAUGUUUACUGACAUAAUCCCCCUGGUAGACUACUGUGCCCUUGAGACCCUGGGCCCGGUUGCAUAAAACAACUUAAGUUAAUUUCCCCCUUGUAUUUUCCUGUAACUUUAAGUCAGUUGCACAAGAUGCGUGAAUUUUCCCUGUUUUAAAUUAAGUACAAAAGUUAAGGGUGUCCACGAGGUCCCUUAACUGCCUCAUUAUGUAUGGUUGUCAAUGGAAACAGCAUGUAUAGAGGUGAAUGUUGAUUUUCAUCUGCUCUGGUUACAAAAGGAAAACGUCAACCAGCUAGCUACUUAGCUAAACAAUGGAAGGUGCACGAUCCAUGGCUACAAAGCUAGCUGGCUAGUUAGCUACAGCUACAGUGGGGCAAAAAAGUAUUUAGUCAGCCACCAAUUGUGCAAGUUCUCCCACUUAAAAGGAUUUUAGGAUUUUGUAGGAUUUUUAAUGAAUUUAUUUGCAAAUUAGGGUGGAAAAUAAGUAUUUGGUCAAUAACAAAAGUUUAUCUCAAUAGUUUGUUAUAUACCCUUUGUUGGCAAUGACAGAGGUCAAACGUUUUCUGUAAGUCUUCACAAGGUUUUCACACACUGUUGCUGGUAUUUUGGCCCAUUUCUCCAUGCAGAUCUCCUCUAGAGCAGUGAUGUUUUGGGGCUGUUGCUGGGCAACACGGACUUUCAACUCCCUCCAAAGAUUUUCUAUGGGGUUGAGAUCUGGAGACUGGCCAGGCCACUCCAGGACCUUGAAAUGCUUCUUACGAAGCCACUCCUUUGUUGCCGGGGCGGUGUGUUUGGGAUCAUUGUCAUGCUGAAAGACCAAGCCACGUUUCAUCUUCAAUGCCCUUGCUGAUGGAAGGAGGUUUUCACUCAAAAUCUCACGAUACAUGGCCCCAUUCAUUCUUUCCUUUACACAGAUCAGUCGUCCUUGUCCCUUUGCAGAAAAACAGACCCAAAGCAUGAUGUUUCCACCCCCAUGCUUCACAGUAGGUAUGGUGUUCUUUGGAUGCAACUCAGCAUUCUUUGUCCUCCAAACACGACGAGUUUAGUUUUUACCAAAACGUUAUAUUUUGGUUUCAUCUGACCAUAUGACAUUCUCCCAAUCUUCUUCUGGAUCAUCCAAAUGCUCUCUAGCAAACUUCAGACGGGCCUGGACAUGUACUGGCUUAAGCAGGGGGACACGUCUGGCACUGCAGGAUUUGAGUCCCUGGCGGCGUAGGGUGUUACUGAUGGUAGGCUUUGUUACUUUGGUCCCAGCUCUCUGCAGGUCAUUCACUAGGUUUCCCCUGUGUGGUUCUGGGAUUUUUGCUCACCGUUCUUGUGAUCAUAUUGACCCCACGGGGUGAGUCUUGCGUGGCGCCCCAGAUCGAGGGAGAUUAUCAGUGGUCUUGUAAGUCUUCCAUUUCCUAAUAAUUGCUCCCACAGUUGAUUUCUUCAAACCAAGCUGCUUACCUAUUGCAGAUUCAGUCUUCCCAGCCUGGUGCAGGUCUACAAUUUUGUUUCUGGUGUCCUUUGACAUCUCUUUGGUCUUGGCCAUAGUGGAGUUUGGAGUGUGACUGUUUGAGGUUGUGGACAGGUGUCUUUUAUACUGAUAACAAGUUCAAACAGGUGUCAUUAAUACAGGUAACGAGUGGAGGACAGAGGAGCCUCUUAAAGAAGAAGUUACAGGUCUGUGAGAGCCAGAAAUCUUGCUUGUUUGUAGGUGACCAAAUACUUAUUUUCCACCAUAAUUUGCAAAUAAAUUCAUAAAAAAUCCUACAAUGUGAUUUCCUGGAUUUUUGUCUCUCAUUUUGUCUGUCAUAGUUGAAGUGUACCCAUGAUGAAAAUUACAGGCCUCUCUCAUCUUUUUAAGUGGGAGAACUUGCACAAUUGGUGGCUGACUAAAUACUUUUUUGCCCCACUGUACUCUGUAAGCUAGCUUGACGCACGAGAAAAUAAUAUGAACAAGUUGAGAAAAAAAGUAACUACAAGGAAGUGGUUUAUUAUCUGAAGCAAUUUGGUUAUCCUGUGUUGAUUGUAGAAGUUCUAUUUUGCCAUCUCACAAAAUGAAAGCGAUCUCUUUGAGAUGUUUAGUCAGUGAAUCAGGCCAUCUCCAUGGUAACCAGAUAAUCCUUCCUCUAUACGUGCCUUCAAACUACCCUAAAACACCUUAAGUAUGCCCUUAACUAAGGAAAUAUUUGAGGGGCUCUAUGCAACGCCCUUAACCAAUUCCCUUAGGUAAGGGGAAAUUAGUCCAAAGGGUAAACCCUUACGGGAAACACUUAAGAUUUAUGCAACUGGCCCAGCUCCCUUCCAACCCAACUUCCCUUUGUACCUUUUGUGCUAUUCUAAAGGGCUUCAAAGGACAGUCAUUUGAAGGCUGGCAAAUAGAAGAGUCUGAAAGUGAUGCUUUCUGCUCUCUUCCCUAUGUGGAUUGUGGACAUGCUUAUUAGGACAGCUGCAGAACCCUGCCUGUACACAAUUGACAGAGGGAAGGGAGAGCUACAGGGAAGUAGCCCUUUUUGUAUCUGCCAGUAUGUGAGCAAUUGCAACGCCCGAGGAUGAGCUGAAUCGUCCCUUUUUGUCACCCCUAAAGAUACACCCCCACUGGGUUGUGUAUAAGCCCAGGCUUGUUUCUGAUCUCCAAAGGCAGUGGCAUUUCCUUCUGGUCCCAAACGAGCUUCAGGGUUUCUAAAUGACUCCACUUCAAAUCAUUCAGUUAAGAGAAUAGGACGAAAUCAAAUCAAACGUGAAAUGUUUAAUUUGAUUUAGUCCUGUUCGUCCUCUAAAUAGCAUUACAUUUGAAAUCAAACCAGAGCUUGAAAGCCUAGGCCUUUUUGGAUGGUCUAUUUUUAGUUGAAUUGAUGUGUUGAAUUCCAACCAGGGCUGUUGAUGACUUUGCAGAUGCUAUACAGGCCUAAAUAGCAUCACUGAUGAUCAAAGCGAUAAAGUAUGGUCACAUUUAAUUUGCUCUGUUAAACCUACUCUUUGGAAUGACGUAUAGCAACUGUGAAUCUAUUUAGUUUUAAAGUGGAGAUCUCUCAGCAAUCAUUCUCACGAUAGCACAUUGGUGAUAGUCUGUGUCAAACAUGGUUAAAACCCUGGAUGGGAGACCAAAGGGUAGCUUUGAUGGAUCAAUUCUCUAGUAGGAGGUGCUGCCCAGCCUGUUGUUUUUACUUCAACAUUUUAUACAAGGUUUGUUGUAUAUGUUGAAAUUUGAUGACAUAAUCCUGUGGUUGAAAUGUUGAUUCAACCAGUUUGUGCCCUGUGGGUAUUGGCUAAAUAUUCGAGGUGAGGAGAAAUUGCUGAGCCAACAGACCAGGAGUUGAACCUGCCAACCAAUCAAUUGAUCACAAAAUGUGACCAUUAUUCUAUUAUGGGGAGUAGGGUGAGUUUAGCAUUUUCCCCACUUACCUUUGAGUGGGUAUACUAAAGUAGUGGAAUAUCACCAUAAAGCAAGAUUGCAAUUUCAAUGUACAUAAGCCUUAGGUGAUGAUAUACACGGAGUAUACAAAACAUUAGGAACACCUUCCUAAUAUUGAGUUGCACCCCCCUUACCCUCGGAAACAGCCUCAAUUCGUCAGGGCAUGGACCCCACAAGGUGUCAAGCGUUCCACAGGGAUGCUGGCCCAUGUUGAUUCCAAUGCUUCCCACAGUCGUGUCAAGUUGGCUGGAUGUCCUUUGGGUGGUGGACCAUUCUUGAUACACACUGGAAAGUGUUGAGCGUGGAAAAACCUGCAGCAUGGCAUUUCUUGACAAAAAAAAAACGGUAUGCCUGGCACCAUACCACAUUCAAAGGCGCUUACAUUUUGUCUUGCCCAUUCAAGGCUUAAAAAUCCUUCUUUACCCUGUCUCCUACCCUUCAUCUACACUGAUUUUGAAGUGGAUUUAACAGGUGGCAUCAAUAUGGGAUCAUAGCUUUCACCUGAUUUGUCUUAUGUCAUGGAAAGAGCCAGUGUUCUUAAUGUUUUGUAUACUCUGUGUACGUGACCUAUAGUACUCACCUUGAUGACGGGAUAUCUUAACGUUAUGUACAGCUUUACCAUGUCAACAUCUGCAAGUAUAACUUGUCAUUUUAGGUUAAAAUGUUCAAUACAUCUUUGGAACAGGAAGGAUAUUGCUGUUUAUAAAUUUAGAAUGUAUUAGAUGCAUUGUUAAUAUAUCAGUUAAAAAUAAGACUCUUUCCAUAUCAUGUUAAUAGUUUUGAGUCAGUAUCUCAAUAUAUUUCUGUCCAUCACUAUGUCAAUUAUGCUUAUUCUCAGUGCAGUUUUCAUUAUUACAUUUUGCUGUAUGGUAUAUGAACAUCAGUGGCAGUUUAUUUUACAUGGUCAAUUAGCAUGUUUAAACCAUAACCUUGUACUUAUUCAGUGCUGCUUUAAUGAAAAAUGUCAUAUUUUGUACAAGUAUAAAGUACCAGUCAAAAGUUUGGACACAACUA